GCGAUGUGGCUAUAGCAAGGCUAAACAAGACCCAGAAGAAGAAAAGAUGCAUUUUCAUAACGGCCACAUUAAGCUGCCGGGAGUGAGGACCUACAUCGACCCCCACACCUAUGAGGACCCUAAUCAAGCUGUCCACGAGUUUGCUAAGGAGAUCGAAGCUUCCUGCAUAACCAUUGAAAGAGUGAUUGGAGCUGGUGAAUUUGGGGAAGUCUGCAGCGGGCGACUGAAGCUGCAGGGAAAACGCGAGUUUCCUGUGGCUAUCAAAACCCUGAAGGUGGGCUACACAGAGAAGCAGAGGCGAGAUUUCCUGGGAGAAGCAAGCAUCAUGGGGCAGUUCGACCACCCCAACAUCAUCCACCUGGAAGGUGUCGUCACAAAAAGCAAACCAGUGAUGAUAGUAACUGAAUACAUGGAGAACGGUUCUCUGGAUACGUUUUUGAAGAAGAAUGAUGGGCAGUUCACGGUCAUCCAGCUGGUCGGGAUGCUGCGAGGCAUCGCGUCGGGAAUGAAGUACCUGUCUGACAUGGGUUACGUACACAGAGAUCUCGCCGCCAGAAAUAUCCUCAUCAACAGCAACUUAGUCUGCAAGGUGUCUGACUUUGGCCUCUCCAGAGUCCUAGAAGAUGACCCCGAAGCUGCGUACACAACCAGGGGAGGGAAGAUCCCCAUCCGAUGGACGGCACCCGAGGCAAUCGCCUUCCGCAAAUUCACGUCAGCCAGCGACGUUUGGAGCUACGGCAUCGUGAUGUGGGAGGUGAUGUCCUACGGCGAGAGACCUUACUGGGAAAUGACAAACCAAGAUGUGAUUAAAGCCGUGGAGGAAGGCUAUCGCCUGCCGAGCCCCAUGGACUGCCCUGCUGCUCUCUACCAGCUCAUGCUCGACUGCUGGCAGAAGGACCGCAACAGCAGGCCCAAGUUUGACGAAAUUGUCAGCAUGCUGGACAAGCUCAUCCGGAACCCAAGCAGCUUGAAGACGUUGGUGAAUGCAUCGAGCAGAGUAUCAAACCUGUUGGUAGAGCACAAUCCAGUGGGGAGCGGUGCCUACAGGUCGGUGGCUGAGUGGCUGGAAGCCAUCAAAAUGGGCCGGUACACGGAGAUCUUCAUGGAGAAUGGCUACAGUUCGAUGGAUGCUGUGGCUCAGGUGACCCUAGAGGAUUUGAGGCGGCUGGGAGUGACACUUGUUGGUCACCAGAAGAAGAUAAUGAACAGCCUUCAGGAGAUGAAGGUCCAGUUGGUGAAUGGGAUGGUGCCGUUGUAACUCGGUUUUAAAGUCACUUCCUCGAGUGGGUCGGUCCUGCACUUUGUACUCUAGCCCGGAGAUUUAUUUUGACUAAAAAAAAAAAAAAAGGAAAAAAGAAAAAAGGGAAAUUCAGUGGUUUCUACGACUGAAGGACGGCCUCUGCCACAGCAUUUCUAAAGCAGUGUUUGACUAAAGUUUUCCUUUUCUUCCUCUUUGUGUCGUCAUUUUCAUAAAGUAAAUGUAAGAUGCAUGGAACAUGGAAACGGAUCUGCUGUACGUGAGGUUAACCCGUCUCUUGCGCUUCAGCGAUGAUGACGACGAGCCUUCCCACCACACGUUGUCUGUACAUGGACACUAUAUACAUAUAUACACAGCACCUUUCUAUACUGAAUUACGGCAGCACAUGGUGAUACUUCCAAGGACUGACUUGAGCAGAGGAGUUUUGUAGCCAUUCGCGGGCUCCCAAAAGCUGCAGUUUACUGGAGUUUUCUUCGAGUCUUACUUGUCUACAGAAGUGUAUUGAAGAGCAAUAUGGUUAGAUUAUUUCUCGAUAGAUAUUUUGUUUUGUACAUUUAAAGAAAAGGAAAAAAAUGCUGUUACACAGCGUUAAGUUAUAGAGACUAGUGUAUAAACGUGUUGCUUGCUCCAUGGCAAAUACAAUACAGGGUGUAUAUUUUUUUUUUUCCUCUCUCUGUGCUACCAAGUUCUUUCCCUUUGCUCUUCUGGGAGGAUAACACAUGACGACGAUGUAUAUAAUGUACAGUUUGCUACACAUCAGGUACAAGAUUGGGGCUCUUUCCUUGGUUGGCUCUUUUUUUUUUCUCCCCACCCUUUUGCUUACUUUUGUCUCCCUUUUGUGUUACCACUAUGCUUUGUGUUUUGAGCAGCAUAGAAAGCUUUUGGGAGUUUUGAUUGCAUAUAUAAGGUAGGAGCAGUCUGCUUCAAUAAAAGACCUCGCAGGUGUGG